UUUUUCUUGUUGACACUUUCUAUUGAGUUUGGAUCAAGCUUUUAUGGCUUUCCACUUUUUAUGAAAUGAAUAAAGGCGUGAUUUUAGCCGAAGUAUUCUUGUAUUCAUGCCAUAUGCUUUUUGUUAGGCUGUGUCUGUCGCUGUCACAGUGACAUACAGCAGAAACACAGACUCUCUUUUUUCUCAUUUCCACUUGUUCUGAUGUGACUUAUUUCUGUGCCGUCACCUGGCAGUCGUGGACUGUUCUGCUCAUUGCUGUUCUAGUUUAUUGGGUCAUCACUGGAGAUAGAGCCUUGCUUGGGUCUGUACGAGCAUUAAAUAAACCAUUCCUGCCUCCAAAACUGAAAGUCCAGUUAAGCAAAACAGAGUUAAUAAGAAGAGAAUUAUAAUAUAUAUUUACUGUUAAGAUCAUCUUAACAAUUAAUUGAUUUGUUUAGCUGGUGGAGCUCCAUGUCUUUUUUGUCCCAGAGGAAGUGUGGAACUUCAAGCUGAAUACAGUUCCUUUGGCUCUUGCCAGCAAAUUCAUCUCAGCUGGGUUUAUAAGGGUGUCUCCUCACACUACAUUAAGAAUGCUACGAGAGAAGCUUGGAGAAUACCUGGGUGGAGUUGCAGUUGCAGACAAAUUCCAAUUUUUAAAAUGCAUUGGGAAAAAGCUUGCAGUGGUGAAAGCAAAGCAAGAAGCAGAGCUGAAACUGAAAUCGUUUGCUCCCCCUUAUGCACUGUAUCCUGAAUUAUAUUUAUUACCUCAAGUGGAAUAUUUUGAAGAUGUUUAUCCUUUAUCAUCAUCAACACAACAAAGACAUCACUUUAAUGCGGAAACUUAUAGGUAUGGUCAUGGAUCAAGACUACCUAAUCUUCCCCAACAGAAAACUGAAAGCAAACAAUUUUUAGAAAACAUACAGAGCAGUCAUCAGCUAGAAAAUCAGAAAGUGUACAGUCCUGCAGAAUGGUCUGAGAAGGAAUCUCUUCCAGUAUUGCACACGAGUCAUGAGCAAGACCACAACAGGAUUACAGAAACACAGACACAGUUCAGAGAGAAAGAUCGAAUUGGAUCCAAGGGAUCUCUCUUCACACCAAGUCCUUUAAAUCCUGCAGAUCAAGGGACUGGAAAAAGCUGUAUAGUACAAAAGAACUCCCAGCAUAGCCAUCUCAGCCAGGAUCCAAAGGAGCCUCAUGCUCCUAAGUUGAAUGACAAAGCCAAAGGAACUGCUCUUACUCUUCAUGUAAACCACAGUGAUGAACAAGACCAAAAUAACCAAACACAUCAAAAUCUCAUGACAUAUCCAAAAGAACUAAACAGCAGGCUAAUUACAAACGUGGAAAAUAAUGAUCACCAAAAAGAUGGCACACUAAGAGGAGACAGAACACAGCAAUCUGGAGUUCACAGAACACUGGAAGACCAAACCACAGAAUACAUACACAAAAACCAAAGGUUGCUGCCGUACAGAACUAGCAAGUCUGUAACUGUUCUUGGUGAAAACCUGGAUGAUCAGGCAAAUGAGAACAAUCAAAAUGAUCCGACUUGUCCAAAAGAAUAUGCUUCUCCUCCUAGUCUACCUCUUCUGGCAAUUUCUGUAAGCACAGCUCAAGUUCCAGCAGUUCAGGCAGAAAAAAACAAGAUGGUAGAACAAUUGGAACAAAUGAAGAAAGACAGAAGGCUCAUGGAAAAAAACAGAGAAGAACUGGUCAAAAAAGUGAAAACACUACUGGAACAAAAUAAACUGAAGAGAUAUCAUGAUCGUGAAGAAUGGAAGAAGAAAUACUUUGAGACUAAGAAAGCUACAGUUUCACUGGAGAAUGUUUUAAGCAAACUGAGACAAGAUUUAGAGCAUUGCCACCAGAAAUUACUCUUGCAAUUAGAAGCCAGAUAUAGCCGAAAACAAUCAAACAAUACAACAAACUUGAAGAAUAACAGAAUCAUCCAGAUUACUACAGUGCAGCAUGAACUUGAUCAACUGAAAAGGAAGCUGGAUGGUACAAAAAUGAAACUUGUAAUAGAAAUUAAGAUGAGAAAGCAGGCAAUAGCAGAUUUACGAGCACUGAGAGCAGAACUGAUGCAGAAGAAGAUUCAUUCAGCUUUAAUUCUCCAGUCUGGGAAAUCUGGAAUUUAAGAGCAUGACUCAACAGUA